AUCUAUUUUUUAAUACAUUAGACAGUGUCAACUUAAAGUUUCUUUUUUACAAUUUUUUCACAUUUCUUGAGCAGGCUGAAAUUUAAAAAUGACUACUAAUAUAAUUAAUUUGAUUAUUGUGACAUUUUUUGUUAUAAAUCUACAAUAUUUUAUCGAAUCUAAAAAGAAUAAAAAAACUUCUAAUAAUGAUGAGAAUGUAAACAAUGAUACAACGCCUUGUAAUUCUACAUCAAAAUUAAAGGAACUAGAAAAAUAUUUACACAAUUAUAAGGAUGCAAAUUUUACAAUCGAUGAGGAAAAUAGUGACAUUGCUACUCUUAACUGCAAAGUAAAUUAUACCCUUCGAGGAGAUUCAACUAUCUAUUGCAUUGAUGGAGAAUGGAUUACAAAAAAUGCUUCUAUAUGUUAUCAUAAGGAUUGUUUAAAUACUAAUUCUCCCCAUUUUACUAUUGAAAAUGGAGAAAUAUUACCAAGUUACGGAGCAUUUGGUAUAGUGUAUUUAGAUUAUACAUGCAAUGAAAAUUACAUAAAAGCUCAUUAUUAUCAUUAUGAAAGCUGUAUGAGAGGAAAAAUCUUCGGAACUCCUAAUGAAUGUUUAAAAGGAAAUAAUUUGAAUUUUAAAUAAUGAUAUUUUCAUUCUACUAAUUAAUUCAGAAAAAGUUAAUUGAUAACUCUAAUUAUUUAAAUAAAUAUAUAAUAGUACUAAUUAAAAAAGUAAAAAAUUCUACUAAUUCAAAUUUAAAGAGUAGAUGAAUUUUUACAUUAUAAUUGCAAUGAAAAUUACAUAAAAACAAUCUCCUAAUUUUUUUACAUUUAUCAUAAUGGAAAUAUCGAUUCUUUUAAA